AUGUGGUACAGUCCAAGUUCAGCUAGAUUCUUAUUCUCUUUCCAACAGGAUAUAUUCGCAACUAUGUCAAACCGCGCUUCCACAUACUAUACAAAAGGUAAUCAUGUCAUGUCGCCAGCUCUGCUGCGUGCCCGCAAACCGUAUUUCUGGAGGAAUAUGGCUGGCCUGGUUGUUCUUGGUGGUAUAUCGGCAAGUGUGUACAUUUACACCUACACGUUUCUCACAAAAGAUGAUUUCGAGGACAUUCCAAUCCCACCUAUUUCCGAUGAGAAGCUGGCCGUGUUGAAGAAGGAGUACGAGGCUUCCAAGCAGAAGAAGUAA